UAUAUCAUCUACAAAUAUGACACCUGACAUUGAAUACCUUUUGUCUCUCGAGGCUGUCCGUGAGAGAUCUCAGAUAGUCUUUGCGGCUGCUCAGAGAGAUGAACUUUCUCAUUUCACAUAUCACGCUUCCAAGUUGCCUGAAGCUGCGGCCUUUGUGACCUCAGUGAUCAAUGCCAUCCCUCCUCAUGGCCGCUGGCAACAUUUCGAAGUUGGUGGAGUCCCAAGAAUUGACGACCUCAACCACCAAUGGAAACUUGGUGGUUGUAAUUGGAAAGAGCAGGCUCGUAGACUGAUUGACUUGUUCGUUGUAUCUGUAUUGUUGGACGCCGGUGCAGGUGACAAGUGGAAGUUCGAGGAACCUGGAUCAGGACAGACAUAUACCAGAAGCGAAGGUAUCGCAGUGGCAAGUUUGUAUAUGUUCAAGGCAGGCGCUUUCUCGACGACAGAAGGUUGCGAUCAUAUGGGACUACAACGUAUUGACGAACAAACACUGGCAAAAGGCUUCCAGAUCACUGCCGAGAACCCUAUGAUCGGUGUAGGGCCUCGCGCACAGCUACUCUCUCGCCUUGGUGAUUCUUUGCUCCAGCACUCGGAAAUCUUUGGUCCUGAAGGACGACCUGGUUAUCUUGUCGACUAUGUCAUCAAAACGGCAGACUCGGAAAGUAAAGAGCUCGACUACCGCGUAUUCUGGAUGACGUUACAGAAGCUCUUGAUCCCCAUCUGGCCUAAGGAUCGUACGCAGAUUGACGGUACACCUAUUGGUGACGCUUGGCCCUUGGCGGUUCUCGAGAAGCAAAACAAUGGUCAAGAUAGCAAUAAGACUAUCCAACCGUUCCAUAAGCUUACGCAGUGGCUGGCUUACUCACUUAUGGUUCCCUUUGUAAGGCUUGGGAGAUACUCCUGGCGCAACUCAGAGCUCGGCACUGGACUCCCUGAAUACCGCAACGGCGGUCUCUUUGUCGAUCUCGGAGUCUUGACACUCAAGCCUAAGGCUCUUGAACGCGGUCAACAGACUUCUGGACAAGAGCUACCCAUGUUCAAAGAUAGUGGUGAUGAGAUUGUCGAGUGGAGAGCUUUGACAGUUGCUCUGCUAGACGAAGUGUACAAUAUCAUCAAGAAGGACAUGAACGAGAAGGGUGUGCAGCUCAGCAUGGCACAGAUGCUCGAAGCCGGCAGUUGGAAGUCAGGACGAGAGUUGGCUGCACAGAGAAGACCGGAGACAAAGUCCAGCCCCAUCUUGAUUGAUGGAGAUGGUACUCUGUUU